AUGCCUGCCCAGCUGAUGCUGAGGAAUCCGAAGAAGUUUGAAAUCGCAAAGGAGCUCGGGGCCACGGACUGCGUCAAUCCGAAGGACCACGACAAGCCUAUCCAGCAGGUCCUGGUUGGAAUGACGAAGUGGGGCAUCGACUACACCUUCGACUGCACAGGAAACACUGAAGUGAUGCGGGCAGCACUCGAGAGUGCCCACCGCGGCUGGGGUGAGUCCUGUGUCAUCGGCGUGGCGGCUGCUGGGAAGGAGAUCAGCACACGACCUUUUCAGCUGGUUACCGGCCGAAAAUGGACCGGCACAGCUUUCGGCGGCUUCAAGGGGCGAUCCGAGGUGCCGCCGCUCAUCGACGCCUACCAGGAAGGCCGGCUAAAGCUGGACCACUACAUCACCCACCGCUUCCAGGGCGUGGAAGGCAACAUCAAGGCCAUUGAGGCUCUGCACUCCGGCGAAUGUCUCCGAGCAGUGGUGACCUACUGA